AUGGUGGGUCACAUUGUAACCCAAGAGUUAAACCACAGAGUUAAACGAGAUAUUUCAACCAAAUGCCGAAAGGUGCAUAGGCAACCCAACGAACGCGCGAGCCAGUUAUCUGAUAAGACGCUUUCCGACGGGUGCAGCAGCGAGCUAUCUCAAUUCUACACGUUCAUGUCGAAAAAGAGCGAUCGUUCGCCGGCGUGUUCCACGACUCGUCGAAUCGAAUAUAAUUUCGGGUCGAUUUGA